AUGGAUUCGAACUUGAAACUUGGUGUGUAUGAUGGUGAAGAUUUUGCUGAUAAACAUCAGUACAGAGGACUUGUAGGAAAGCUAAUCUAUUUGAUUGUCACUCGGUCAGAUAUUUCCUCUGCCGUUGGAGUCAUCGGUCAAUUUAUGGGAAGUCCUAAGCAUGCUCAUUGGGAUGUUGAUUGUCAUAUUCUAAGGUCAACCACUGGAUAUUGUACUUUUCUUGGUGGUAAUAUUGUCUCUUGGCAAAGUAGGAAGCAGAUUAUUGUGGCUAGAGUUAAUGUUGAAGCUGAGUACAUAGCUAUGGCCCAUACUACGACUUGA